AAAGCUAAACAUGGUAGAUCACAAGUGGCUUGCUUGGUCGGACUAGGAAAAACUUUCAAACCAAAGCAACACAAGCUUCUACUUCACGUUCACCCAAUUAUUUUCUUCCUCUCGAGUUGAAUUUUCCGCUGCCCAAUCGGUCUUUGAAAUCACGCAUCUUUCUCUCUCUGGAUCUCGGCAUGGAGUCGAAAAACCCCGCGAGGUUUACGCUGGGGAAGCAGUCGUCGCUGGCACCGGAACGCCGCAACGAGGAAGCGGAGCAUCAGAAUGAGGGAGACGCCGUUGACCAGAGCGUGAGGUUGAUGUAUUCGGCGUUCGAAGGCGAUGUGGAUGGUAUUCGCGAGGUGUUGGAGUCUGGUGUUAAUGUCAAUUUCAGGGAUAUUGAUUAUCGCACUGCUCUUCAUGUUGCCGCGUGUGAGGGAUUCACUGAGGUCGUUGAGUUUUUGCUCCAGAAAGGUGCCGAAGUUGACGCCAAGGAUCGAUGGGGAAGCACGCCACUUGCUGAUGCUAUUUUUUAUAAAAAAAAUGACGUGAUCAAACUAUUGGAGAAGCAUGGAGCAAAGCCUCUGAUGGCCCCUAUGCAUGUUAAUCAUGCACGUGAAGUCCCAGAGUAUGAAAUCAAUCCUAAAGAGCUUGAUUUUACUAAUAGUGUGGAGAUAUCGAAGGGGACUUUCUGUAGUGCAUUGUGGCGUGGAACAGAGGUUGCAGUAAAAAAGCUUGGGGAGGAUGUACUUAGUGAUGAGGAGAAAGUGAAGGCUUUCAGAGAUGAGCUUGCUCUGUUCCAGAAGAUCCGGCAUCCAAAUGUCGUCCAAUUUCUGGGUGCUGUGACCCAGAGUAGUCCAAUGAUGAUUGUGACAGAAUAUCUUCCCAAGGGAGAUCUCCGUGAUUUCAUGCAAAGAAAAGGAGCUUUGAAACCAUCAACAGCUGUGAGAUUUGCACUUGAUAUUGCUAGGGGAGUGGGUUAUUUACACGAAAAUAAGCCAUCACCAAUUAUUCACCGCGAUCUUGAGCCUUCUAAUAUAUUGCGGGAUGAUUCUGGACACCUAAAAGUUGCAGACUUUGGGGUCAGCAAGUUGCUGGCAGUUAAAGAAGAUAGACCUCUUACUUGCCAAGAUACUUCUUGCCGCUAUGUGGCUCCUGAAGUUUUUAAACAAGAGGAAUAUGACACUAAAGUGGAUGUAUUUUCAUUUGCACUAAUUCUACAAGAGAUGAUUGAAGGUUGCCCUCCUUUUUCUGCCAAGCAAGAAGAUGAAGUUCCUAAGGUAUAUGCUGCAAAAGAGCGACCACCUUUCCGAGCUCCAGCCAAGCGUUAUUCCCAUGGAAUUCGAGAAUUGAUCGAAGAGUGCUGGAAUGAGAAUCCAGCUAAGAGGCCAACAUUUAGGCAAAUAAUAACAAGGCUAGAGUCCAUCUACAACGCAAUUGGUCAAAAAAGACGUUGGAAGGUUAGGCCAAUGAGAUGCUUCCAAAAUCUUGAAGCCUUAUUGAAGAGAGAUCAUUCAAAUGCAAGUAGUCGGGGCGGUUCAUCUCGCUCCACAUCCAGCCGAAUAUGAAGGAAGACAUUGCUCUUUUCCUGCAACUUUAAUAUUGGCGUCAAGAUAAAGGUAGCAACCAAAUUUGACUUGAGUUCCAGCUUUCACGUGUGUGUGUGUUUACGUCUUUCAAGAUUCUUUAUACUUCACGGUGAUUUAUUUCCGAUUACAUUAUGUCUGGCCAUAGAAUUGUAUGUAACACUAGCACGUUGUUGGAAAUUGCUCCUUCUCAUGUACAUUAUUAUGUAUUAUGUAGCAGGACAUUAUUUUUUGGAUAAAUAAAUAUCAUGCAAUAUAUGACUUCGCAAUAGAAUUUUACCCGAAGAACUUAAACUAUUAAAUCGAAAUUUGAACUCCGGCUAAUGUAUAUAAAUUAGUAUUAAGCAAUAUAAUUAAGAUGGUUAAUAAAUAGUGAUUAUGGAAAAAAAAAAAAAAAAAAA